CAGGAAGGGAGACGUCGGAAACUCGACUGCAUGAACAGCUCUUCCUCGGUCUAGUUCAGUUUACUCUCUCUCUCUCUCCCCCCCGCCUUCUCUUUCUCUCUGACUCUUUGCUCAUUCUUGCUUGCGCGGAGAGAUUUUUCUCGUUUUCUCAUAUCCACACUAUUGACAGUUGCAUUCCAGUCCAUUGCUUGGCUUUGUUUACUGUAUGCUUUUGUCCGUUGUAUGAAGCUCGGUUACCAUACUACGGGGCCGUUGACACGGGCGUUGUGAUAAGCCUGAAUCCUGGACAUCGCUGAGAGCGAUCGGAAUUCAGAAAACAUUCCAGAGCCCCAGUAUACGCCCCCCUCGUGGCUGUCAUCGCUAAUCAGACGUUCUCUCUUCGCCAUGCAUAUGUCCCGCAUACUGCAGUCGUCCAUUUCUAUACUCCCUUUACUAAACCUUCAGGCCGUGACGGCGAUCUCACCGGACACUGCGCCUGCAACUGCGACGGCGACGGCGACGGCGACUACAGCCCCAACCGCAAUCGCGACGACCUUGGAAUACGAAGAGCACGAUUAUGCCAAUGGCACAGUCCUAGAGAAACGCUGCGCAAAUCCCUGCGGCUACUAUAGCCAGCUCUGCUGCAGCUCCAGCGAGUCGUGUAGUACCAACAGCAAUGGCCAAGCCGAGUGCGUAAGUGCUGGCAGCGGCGGCAGCUGGGAGUACUUCACCACAACCUAUGUCCGAACCGAGACGGAGACUGCUACGUUCACUUCCACAUGGAGCAGCUAUAUCUCGGCAACUUCGUCCGGCUCCAGCUGCGAUGCCAGCGUCGGGGAGACCAUCUGCGGUAGUGACUGCUGCGGCCCUGCGUACGUCUGCUACAGCAACCAGUGUAUCUUGGGAAGUACAUCCAUCUGGGCCACGGAGACUGCCACGCCGGCCGUCCGAGGCACGACUUUAUCGACAGCCACACACACGGCCUCGAUAACAACCACCCAGGGCUUCAUUGCUCCCGUCAACACGGCCGGCUCAACGGUGAUCGGAAUGAAGGCUUCAAGUGGUGGAUUGAGUGGUGGUGCGAUUGCAGGCAUCGUCAUCGGAACAAUUGCCGGCGUCAUCCUGCUGCUGCUACUAUGCGCUUGCCUGUGCUGCCGUGGUAUUCUGGACUCGCUCUUUGCAUGUCUGGGCUGCGGUCGUCGAAAGAGAAAGGAGACGACCUACGUCGAAGAGCGUUACCAUCGUCAUUCGCAUGCGCAUGGCGCCGCUCGGCCCGAAGGACGGACCUGGUUCGGAAGCCGGCCAGCAGCGGCAGCAGCAUCGACUGCAGGGGAGAAGAAGAAAUCUUCCUGGAAUGGUUUGGCUACCAUUGGAAUCAUACUGGGUGCGCUUGCACUGUGCCUGGGCUUGAAGAGAAGCAGAGACCACCGCGACGACGAUGAGAAGACGGAUUACACAUACCCAAGUAGUUAUUACUACUACUCCGACUAUUAUACCAACGACGGCAGCGAAAUCACUGAUGACCGGCGCACAAGAGAGACAAGACGCUCCAGACGAUCUCGUACGCGCUCACGAAGAUGAUGAAUUGACGGAACGAACCCGACGAACUUUGAACAUGAUUUCCUGGUCACAAUGGACCCCUUCUUUUCUCUUUCUUGCUUAUUCUCACAAGCUGUUUGCAUGAAUCGGCGCUCUAUCAGGUUCCCGGCGUGUGUAUUAUGACGUUUUCUUCAGUUUUCUCGCUGAAGGACUUUCUAUGUAUGAUGAUGCCUUAUGUUGUCAUGUUGUUAUGCAAACCCCUGCGAUGUGCUAAUGUUUCGGAUGAUUGCGAUGUUUCUUUUCCCAAUCGAUGGAAGACCUGGGAAGGCAGAUGUAAAUAUGAAAUCAAUGAAAGAUAUGAG